AUGAAGGUCUUAGGUUGCCAAGCUUACGCCGACUAUCUUCAAACAGGAGCUUCCCUCAUUACAUUCGCUUUGAGCACAACCUAUGCUCCGGAAACACCUUCCUCAUUUUACGAAACUAACUGGAGGGCCGCGGCACUCUAUCUUGACGGGUUGACUUACAUUACGAAGAACGGAAGUGAGAUGUCUGGUGACUACAUCCUCUCUCGAAUACGAUUCACUUCAACCAGGCCAACGACCAACCCUGUUGAAUCAGUAGCGAUUUUUGACUGUUCAAAGAAUACUAAUAUUGGGUAUGCCCCUUUCUAUGACAAAGGCAAUGGAUUCUCACUAGCAGUCAUGAAGAUUCUGAAAAAUGUGGCCCAAGUAAACUUUGUAGUCACUGAAUACAGCUUCAACUCCGAAUAUCCAUACUUCUUAAAAAUGCAAAAUGCCCUCGAAGAUGGUGAUAUUGACGUGGGUUUUGUUCCAGUGCCACUUAAUGUAUUGAAAUUGAGGAGUGUGGUUGGAACAUCAGCUACUAUUACUUCAGCCUAUGUGCUCCUGAGACAGCGAGCAGACCGAUCGCCUGAUUUCCUCCUUAUUUUACGACCUCUUUCAAUGGCUGUUUGGUUGGCAACUCUAGUUCUUGGUCUUAUCUUCAUGGGCCUGCUCAUGUUUUUCGUUCAUCUCAAACCGGUCAUUGGUCGCAAUUUGGCCGAGGGACAGAUAUCAACUAAAAGAGAUCUGCUUGAGGUUUCAAUUCUCGGAGUCGUCUCCAGUUUCUCUCUCACAAAACUGCAGAUCAUACCUACCACACUCUCCAGCAGACUAUUUGCUCUGAGUAUGUGGUUGUUCUCCUACCUUCUGGUAGUGCUCUAUGCAAGUGCGAUGAUGACUAUUCUACUGAGAAUUCGGAAGCCUUCGAACGCUGAUAUCACCGUGAAGGAGGUUCUUGGUGCAUCGGCUUGCGAUAAGUUGAUUGUACUCCGAAAUGGUAUCGCCUAUGAAGCAAUCGUUGCCUCCUUAGAUGACAUAGCUCAAAAAUACACUCCAGUCGAAAGCUUGGAAACUGCAUAUGCAGAAAUGAUGAAAAGUAAAAAGACCGUUCUUCUAGCGUCUUCGAUUGAGGCAUCUUAUCUCACUGUCACUAAUUGCAAUUUGGAGAUCAUUCCAUACGCCUUAAUGGAUGCAACAACCUUAACCUUCCCAUAUCGAAAAUCCUGGAGCCUUGGUUCUCAAUUGGACUUCUACAUCUCCGUACUCAGCAAAUCUGGUAUGAUGACCUGCAUUAUUGUAUUCAUUAGAUAUUUUGAGACUGGGAGCUGUUAUCAUCCAAAUCACAAUACUCCUGAGGCUGCUCCUCUUGAACCUAAAGACACCGCCAGUAUUUACAUAUUUCUUCUCAUUGGAAUUAUUAUGUCUCUCCUCUUCUUUGGAGCAGAAAAUAUUUCAAAAGCCUACCGUCGUAGGCGAAAAAGGAAGAUCUUCCUUUUAAAAGACCACAAGUUUCUUACCUGGACGCCAUUAUCCAGCAGUAAUUACAUCGAUCAAGUAAGCAAAUUCGAUUACAUUUUGCUUGCGGUAUACAAUGCUUUGGAUCUUGGGCUUGCUGAGGGAGAUUCAAUAGAAAUCACUUACUUUGAACGGUUCAAAUCUCUCUACAAAACAGGGGUGGAUAUUUCGGAAGCAAAGUGUUGUGAUGACUUUACCUGUGCGAACAUUUCUGAUUAUGCCAACAUUUAUGGAGAUCUUGGAAAUUGGUUGAAAAACAUACCUGGAAACAUUUCCUGGUCAGAUGUAUCUUCAACUCAAGAAUUGUUUUUCCUAAUUCGAAUGAUAAAGAAUAUUUACUUCACUACAUACAAUUUAACAAAUGGAAGGAGUCAAAAGGAUUUGGUCCCCAGACUUCGAAGUAAUGGGAAUCCCCAUACUUAUGUUCUCCUUUUUAAGCAAGAAACCAGUUAUAAGAAUACUCAGGAACUCCUCCAAUUGCAAGAUGGCUGUGCUCCCUACGGGCAGUAUAUCAAUUCAGGUGCUUCCCUCGUCACCUUUGCAACAAGCAAAUCAUAUGCGCCAACUAUUCCAGAUCCCUUCUACAAUUCCACAUGGAAAACUUCUGCACUUUACUUGGAUGGAUUAACUUACAUUACUCAGAAUGGAACGGAUAUGCCCAGUGAGUAUAUUCUUUCCCGAGUAGAUUUCACUGAAACGGAACCAACGGCGAGCCCAGUUGAAUCAAUGGUCGUCCUCGAUUGUGCUGAGUUUACUGACCAUGGAGUCGGCAGCUAUGUUAGGGGUAGAGAUCCAGUCUUGGUUGUAACGACUGUCAAUUCAACCAUUGAUGGCCGAACUAUUCGAGUUGGAAUCGCUGCUUAUCCACCCUUCUUUAACAAUGGAACUGGAUUUUCAACUUCAGUGUUAUCGAAAUUGACAAAUACGGCCGGCAUCCAUUAUGCAAUCACCUUCUAUAAUGCGACUCCAGAUAGGCCCUACUACGCUGCUAUGGAGGAGGCCAUCAUAAAGAAUGAGAUUGAUGCUGGAAUCACCCCAAUGCCCCUGGUUGGUGUUAAAAAUGAAAACAUGAUAGCUUCACAAGCUAGCCUGACAAUUUCCUACACCCUUCUUCGUCAGCAUCAGCGUCGUCCUACUGACCUCCUUCUCAUAUUGAGACCCUUGGCUAUGCCCGUAUGGCUAGGCAGUUGCUUCCUGGCCUUUAUAUUUGCUGGUCUGCUUAUGCUCUUCGGUCACCUCAAGCCAGUUAUCAUGCGGAAUCUAGCUGAGGGCGAAAUGAUAACAAAAACGGAUCUCUUUGGGGUCUCAUCACUCGGUGUGGCUUCCAGCUUCACUCUCACCAAACUUCAGAUCAUUCCCACCACCCUUUCUAGUCGACUAUUUGCUCUUACCAUGUGGCUUUUCUCCUAUCUUCUGCUUGUGCUCUAUGCCAGUGCCAUGAUGACCAUUAUGUUGAGAGUUCAGAAACCUAUCAAUGAUGACAUUGCGGUGGACGAUGUGCUUCAUCCUUCCAAAUGUGAUUCAAUCAUUGUGCUAAAAAAUGGAAUAGCCUAUGAUCAGAUAGUCACCUCUUUGACUAAUUCUCAGAGAACCUUCUUAACAGUUGAUAGUAUCCAAACAGCAUACAAUGAACUCAUGAAAAGUAAACGAACUGUUCUCCUUGCCACGUCUAUUGAAGCCUCUUACAUUAGCUCUAUGGAUUGUGGAUUGGAGCAGAUAGCGUACACUGAAAUCUAUGAUUCUCUACUAGUGUUCCCCUAUAAUUCAGGCUGGGAAUUCGGAUCCGCCUUCAAUGAAUACUUGGCAAUAAUUGAUGGAGCUGGUGCUUUUAGUAAAGCCGCUGCGGUGUAUUUUGAGACGGGUCCUUGUUAUCAUCCACCCUACAACAUUCCGCUGCCUGUUGUUCUAGAACUUAAUGAUGCAGCUAGUAUUUACAUAUUCUUGCUUAUUGGAAUUAUUGUUUCCUUUAUAUUCCUGGGAUUUGAAUUGCUUAUCAAGCGCCGCGAGAAAGCCAAACUUUCGAAGGAGCAAUGGGCCUUAGUGCCUGGAAUGCGCUAUCCAGCUAUAAUCGUUUCAAUGAAGCGAAAUGGAAUUUAUGUAAAGGUUGCCGAUCGACCAGAUACUGUCUUUAUUCCAAAUAGUCAACUCUAUUCUAGUCCACUGAAGGUUUACAACGCUAUUGAUCUUGGUCUGUCCGAAGGAGAGUUGAUUGAAGUUCAAUACUUCGGAAAAGGAGCCGAUCAGGUUUCAGAACUCUUCUGCCGAUACUAUCCAGAGAGAAACGAUGGUGACACUCAUUGA